UCGUUCAUGGGCGGGCAAAACGUCGCCCAUUAACAGCUGAUACUAAAAGAGAUCUGUCGCGGUCCGUGAAUUCACGCAAGUUUAACAGCAGCUAUAUAAAUUUGCCUUCUGCAGAUCGAUUGCUUUCAUAUAUAAACCGCUGUGGGCAUGGGAAACAUAUCGUGCGGCUAAGACGCUAGUCCUCAGUUGGAAGGUUUCCCAUGCUGCUCCCUCGUUGAAAGUGAUACGAUUUCCUGUGAAUGUGUGUGAUUCGUUUCGUUUUGCUUCGGACUCCUAUCAUCAGCACUGGACAAGGAAUCAAUACCAGCAAGAAACGCUCUCAUUGGAUUCAUCAGCAAUCGUCGAAACACAGCGGAACACUAUCGACCAACAAUCGCGGCGGUCGCCCUCAAUGCUCCACGAAACACGCGGGGAUCACGCACUGGUGCGGCCAUCACUAUAGGGCAAGAACCGCAGGGAAAUACCCCUUUACCAAGUGACUACAGCUGUUCAUCGGGUGAAACUCAUCGUGCUAUCAAUGUGCGCUGUUACUACUGUUUGUGAGCAUCGUGAAUGUGCUUGAUCGUGAUCGUUAUUACUUUGUCGUGCAUGCAGCAACGCACCCGAGCUAUCGUUAUGCAAGUAGCGGCGCGUGUGCUUUACUGAUAAUCAUUAACCAUACAGUGGCGUCGGUGCAACUAUACCAUCACUCCUGCCCCGGUAGUCUGGUGUAUUGCACGAUCAGCUGAAAGUGUCAUUGGCAGCUGAGUGCUUUGCUUGUACGCCAGGAAAAAUGAUCAAUCAAAAGACGCCAAUCGAGGAUGGCAGAUCGACGAAAGCGAAGCCUCAGUUCAACGAGCAGACGUAUCUCGUCAGCCGCCAGUGCCUGCAGCAGGAGGAUUUUAAUCAGCUUUCGCAAUACGAACGGCUCAAGCCGACCGCGCUGGACUCUAUUGGAUCUUCAAUUCGCAGCGUCAAAUGUCUUUCGACACUGAAAGGUUUCUUCCCAAUUCUGCAAUGGCUACCGCAUUACUCCCUGAAGAAUGAUCUACUGAGUGAUAUGACCGCUGGCCUAACUGUAGCCGUUCUGCAGAUACCUCAGGGUAUGGCGUAUGGUAUACUCGCAGGAGUGGCGGCCAAUGUUGGACUAUACAUGGCAUUUUUCCACUGUCUCGUGUAUGCUGUAUUCGGUACAUCACGUCAUAUUUCGAUGGGAACUUUUGCUGUGACCAGUUUGAUGACAGCGAAAAUUGUCGCUACCUAUGCAACACCCAUUCCAACGCUGGCAUCGAAUGGAACAGACGUGCUACCAGAUAUAGUACCAGCUGACGUUUUCUACACCCCGAUUCAGGUAGCCACAGCCGUCUCUUUUGUGGCAGGAAUAUUCUAUUUUAUGAUGAGCGUGGCUCGACUGGGAAUGCUAUCGUCUCUUCUAUCAGAACCGCUGGUUAGUGGUUUCACGACGGCGGCCGCCGUCCAUGUGAUGGUCACACAAGUAAAAGACCUUCUUGGUAUCUCGAUUCCACGCUACAAAGGAGCCUUUAAGGUGAUACUUUCGUUGAGUGCCAUCGUUGUAGAAUCCCCCAAAUCCAACCUGACGGCGGUCUAUACGUCUAUUGUUGUGAUUCUGUUCAUGAUGUGCAUGAACGAGAUGGUGAAACCGUGGCUCUCUAAGAAGUGUCGAUUUCCGCUUCCUGCUGAAUUGAUCGCUGUCGUCGGUGGUACGGUGGUAUCUUAUUUAAUCGGAUUGGGUCCUAACUAUGACGUUGGAUUGGUUGGUACUAUACCUACUGGUCUUCCAGCACCAGAGUUUCCACCGUUGGCUCUCAUCAAGGCUGUAGCCGUGGAUAGUAUAGCAGUCACGAUCGUUGGAUAUUCGAUCGUCAUGUCGAUGGGUAUGAUCUUCGCCCAGAAGGAUAAUUAUGAGGUGCGCCCAAACCAGGAGCUUGUGGCGCUUGGUGCUACCAAUCUGGUUGGAUCGUUUUUCUCCUGCAUCCCCACGGCUUGUUCACUAUCGCGGUCCGUCAUUCAGCACCAAACGGGAGGAAAAACGCAAAUUGCUGCAGUAUUUUCGUCCCUCAUCAUGCUGGUGAUACUGCUAUGGGUCGGCCCGUACUUUGAAAGUUUGCCACGCUGUGUCCUAGCCGCUAUCAUCGUGGUUGCCCUCAAAGGAAUGUUGGUGCAGGUUUAUCAUAUUAAGAAGUUUCACCGCGAAGGUCACCUUGAGCUGUUCGUGUGGUGUGUAACCUUCCUAUCAGUCGUCAUUAUUGACAUCGACAUUGGAUUGCUCAUCGGCGUGGUCAUUUCGUUAAUUGCGUUGUAUGUGAAGGGCUGGAAAACUUACUAUAGCUUGCUGGGAACGGUACCCGAUACAGCUAUUUACGUAGACAUUGGUAGCCAUCAGCGGGCUGAAGAGCUACCGUAUAUAAAGAUCUUCAAGUACACCGGUGCGAUCAACUUUGCCAACAAGAGUACCUUCAAGAAGGCGUUGUACAAAGAAACGAAGGUGUUGCAACGAACAAAUGUAUCACUUGUUCCACGCUACAAUGGCGAAUCGACAGGACUUCAGGCAACCAAAACGGUCAUCAUUGAUUUGAGUAGUGUUCCGCACGUCGAUACUGCAGCCUGUAAGAUGCUGACGGAAAUUAAAACUCAGCUCGAAAAGGUAAAUGUAGCGUUACUGUUGGCUGCUCCGGCUGACUGUGUAUACGACGGACUUUUGCAUGCGGAAGCGAUCGGAGAAGGAGGGUUUAACAUUUUCCCCACAAUCCACGAUGCAGUGCUUUAUGCGCAAGGAUCCAGCUCUGCAGUAUAACGACAUUAUCUCAGCUGCAACAAAACCUCAAGAAACAAAGCAAUAUUCCCAAUAGUGCCUUUUUGCGGCAAUGAUCAAUUGGAUGAAGCUGCUCCAAUUAUAUGCGGCAAAUGUCUUAUGAUUAGAGAUUAGUGAUGCCUGAAAACCGAGGAACCUCAAAAGGCUGCUAAAACCAAACCACUCACAUUGAUUCGGCUGCAAAAGAAAUCCCAUUAAUUUCCUUGAAUUGAACAGUUUUCUUUCAUUGAAGGUACAACGCGGGUUUGAACACAAAACAAUAAACAACCAUGUCGCUCGUAUUGGUGGCAAAACAUUCUAAAAAUGUAUUGAAUAACUCAAAUUAUACUCGUUACUGAUAAGGACCAUAGUGAUGGAUUAAGUA